AUGGGAAACCAUUCAAAUAGCCCUGUUAAAAAAAAUCAAAUGAAUGAGAAUGAACUGAUUAUUAUCUUCAGGAGAGCUUCCAGUUUCUUAAGCCCAACUGAUUCAUUAAAAUUGCUCUCUUUAAAUCAUUUCUUCCACCAGCACUUGCCAAAUCACGAGUUCUAUUUCUAUGUUUCAAAGCCAAUAGCAAGCUGGAUUGCCAAUCUUGACCAAAAUGAUCCCGACGUAUUUGACCAUUUUGCAAGAUUCUUACUAUAGCCCAUACCCCAUAAGUUUUAUUUAUCGAGCAAAAUAUAAUAGAAAGUUUAAUGACCAAGAAAAACUUUAUUAAAGGGACAAACUAAUCUCUAUCCUUGAAAGAGUUAAAAAAGUAAGGGGAGUAAGAAAUUCGCACAAGGAAGCAAAAUACUUUUCAUAAAAAUUUUUCAUUUAAUAAAUUUGUGUAUCUCGAUGAAAUUUUCUAGUGUUUUUUCAAUAGUUUUGCUCUCUAAGGGAAAGAUGGAGUUAGAGUGUAACCCAUUUACUUCUUAUGAUGAUUUAUUCAACUGCAUAAAAUCAUCACAGAACAUGAUUAAAAAUCCAUGCGGAGAAAUGGGCUUUAAUUCUUGGGAAAAACAUAAUGGAGGUGAUGGAUGAAAUAUUGAAGACUGGCCUGGCUAUAGACAUAAAAAGACAGUUUUUACAACUUCUUAUGAAUGGUGUGAUCUAACGCAAACUAUUUCUAUUCCAUUAUCUGAUCAAAAGCGAUUCCUUAUUGUAGGGGCAUAUGUGACCAGAAGAAGUGACUGUGGAGCAUUAGCAAAACUUAAAGUACAGGCAUAUGAUAAAAACAAAAAUUUAAAAGAUACUUAUAAAAUUGAUGAAGUAAAUAUUCGUGAGCCUGGGCCUGCGCUUUAUAUGCUGAAAACUAAAAUUGAGAUUCAACCUUAUCAUAGAAUAUUUAAAAUAACUUAUUCUGGGAAAGACACGAAUUGGUGGGCUGGUUCAGGCAUGAAACCUCUGUAUCCCUGCCAAAAACAAAUUUCUAACUCCCCCUCCCUCCGUGAGUGAACAAAAAAAUUUUGUUCACUCACGGAGGGGGGUUAAUUUGUUUUUUUUUAAAAAAUUUAUUUUUCAAAAUUUUAAAAAAAUCCUAAUUCGCAAAAAUUGGAAAGCAAAUAUUAAUUUAAUUUAUAAAAUUUAUGUUUUAAAAAGCAAUUCGUUCAAAAUUAAAUAGAAUUAGCUCUAGAUUUCAUUAUAAUAAUUAUCAUUUAUAUAUAAAUUUUUUUUUCCAUAAAAAAUUUUUCUAUUUAAAAAAUUUUUGUUCACUCACGGAGGGUGGGUUUUUGGGGAAAAAAUAGCGAUUUUUCUAAUGGUUUUGUUCACUCACGGAGUGGGGGGGAGUAAGUAUUGAUAAUAAGAAAUAUAGGAAUGAAUUUCCCUACCUUGCUGGUUAUCAAUAGGAAGUUACUAUAUAGCAGAUAAGAAAUAAAAUUGGUGACGUUGACGGAAAUCGGACUCGAGGCGCGUGCUCCUUAUGGAGCAGAUAGUAUCCAUCCUGAUGAAGCUGAAAAUAGGGCCUCUGUCCCUUUUUUAAGUAGGUGUUCAGGCUUGGAAGAGGGAAUUUUUAUUUGCCCCAUAAGGUUUUCCUGCCCUUGCAGAUGGGCUAGAAAAGUUUUGCCUACCACAUAGUCUUUCCUUGACUAAUUUAGAUGGUGGCUCUUCCCAAGGAACUAAUCCCCUGGACAGGCAUUAAGGUCGGAAAUUCAAGAUGGCUGCCUUCCAUUUCCUCAUUUGAACUCCGAGGUCUAUGGAGACUGCUCUUUUAGAGCCGAAACUAGGCAAAGGCUAGUGAGUUACCCGCUUAUGGCAAGAUUAACUGUUUUAAUUAAUAUAGUAGAUAGAAAUAAAAUGUGAUAUUGACAAAAUUGGUUUUCGAGGCACGCUCACUAUAGAGCAGAGGUAGGGCCCAUCUAGAUGAAGGUGAAAACAAUGCUUCUAUCACUUUUGAAGUAGGCCUUCGGGUUAAGGGAAGUCUUACCGAAGAGGAAAGUUUUUAUUCAUCACCCGAAUGUAUUUCUAUCCUUACUCCCCCGUGAGCGAACAAAACCAUUAGAAAAAUCCCUAUUUUUUGCCCAAACACCUUCGCCAGCGAACAAAAAUUUUUUAUGGGAAAAAAAUUUGAUAAUUAUUAUAAUGAAAUUUCUAGCUAAUUCUGUUUAAUUUUAAACAAAUUGCGUUUUAAAAACAUAAAUUUUACAAAUUAAAUGAAUAUUUGCUUUCCAAUUUUUGUGAAUUAGGAUUUUUUUAAAUUUCGAAACAAAUUUAUUCUAUAAAAUUUAUAUAUAAAUUUUUAAAAAAUGUUAACCCCCCUCCGUGAGCUAACAAGAUUUUUUUGUUCGUUCACGGAGGGGGGAUAGUAGAUGGAGCUAGAUAGAAUUUUUCAUACCGCAUGGCCUUUACCUAUUGGACCAUCGGGGCAUAUCCUAGGUAGUUUUGCUUUUGAGUAGGUGCGGUAGGGGAUGUGGGUUGAGGGGUGGGUUUCAUGCUGACCAGGCUGGAACUUAUGGAGCAAGAUUCUCUUAUUGUUAUGCUCGCAUCUCCUAUAGCCUCUAA